GGGGCCACGAGAGAGUUACCUCUCUGCCUCCUGUUCCCCCACCCCGGCUCCGGCGCCCGGAAAUAUGUCGGAGGGGGUGGAUCUGAUUGACAUCUACGCUGACGAAGAGUUCAACCAGGACUCAGAGUUCAGUAAUGCCGACCAGAUGGACCUCUAUGACGACGUGCUAGCAGCAAGCUCGCAGCCACCUGAAACCCGUACCAGCAGCUCAGAGCCACCGGUGGAGAUUCGUCAGGAGCAAUCUCCCAAGCCCAACAACAAGGCACCUGCCAUCCUCUACACCUACAGCGGGCUGCGUAACAAGCGAGCUGCUGUCUACGUAGGCAGCUUCUCCUGGUGGACAACUGACCAGCAGCUGAUCCAGAUUAUCCGUUCAGUUGGAGUCUACGACGUGGUAGAGCUGAAAUUUGCAGAAAAUCGAGCCAAUGGCCAAUCCAAAGGGUAUGCAGAGGUGGUCGUCGCCUCUGAGAAUUCAGUCCACAAGCUUCUGGAGCUGCUACCUGGCAAAAUUCUCAAUGGGGACAAGGUGGAGGUGAGGCUAGCCACCCGGCAGAACCUGUCGCAGUUUGAGGCGCAGGCACGGAAACGUGUGCCACCGAGGGCUCACUCCCGGGACUCUACCGAUUCCAUGGAUGGCCGUGCCACCCCAACGGAGAAUGCCAUUCCGUCCACCCGCGUGGAGAAACCCCCUUCCAUGUUGCCUUUCUUCAACCGCCCCCCUGCCCUCCUUCCCCUCAUGGGCCUGCCACCCCCGCCCAUCCCACCCCCUCCCCCGCUUUCCUCCAGUUUUGGAGUUCCACCUCCCCCACCUGGCAUCCACUGCCAGCAUCUCAUGCCUCCGCCUCCUCGACUCCCCCCUCAUUUGGCUGUGCCACCCCCUGGGGCUGUCCCUCCUGCCCUGCAUCUCAACCCUGCCUUUUUCCCCCCACCAAAUGCAACACUGGGCCCCCCACCUGAUGCCUACGGCAAGGCUGUGGCACCGUAUAACCACAGCAGUCGGGAACUGGGCCAUCCACCUCCCCCUGUGAGUGAAGCAGAGUUUGAGGAGAUCAUGAACAGGAACCGAGCGAUUUCUAGCAGUGCCAUUUCCAAAGCGGUGUCUGGAGCCAGUGCAGGGGAUUACAGCGAUGCCAUUGAGACUUUGCUCACAGCUCUUGCUGUCAUCAAGCAAUCCCGUGUAGCCAAUGACGAGCGAUGCCGCGUCCUCAUCUCCUCCCUCAAAGAUUGUCUCCAUGGGAUUGAAGCCAAGUCAUAUAGCACGGGUGCCAGUAGUAGCUCUUCCAGAAAAAGACAUCGGUCUCGGGAGAGGUCACCCAGCCGGUCUCGCGAGAGCAGCAGGAGGCAUCGGGACCUGCUCCAUAAUGAGGAUCGGCAUGAGGAUUACUUCCAAGAAAGGAACCGGGAGCACGAGCGACAUCGGGACAGGGACAGAGAAAGGGACCGGCACCACUGAGUUAGGAGUUUGGUUGGAAAGUAAAUGUUUUUUUUUUUUUAAUGGACUUGUAUCUCCUCACCUCGAUCAGGACUAAAGGAUGGAGGCUGCUCCACCCCCACCCCCUCCCUCCCUCCUCCCCGCUGUCCCCAGCUCCCUCCAGGCACCCAAGGAAAGACAUGCUACCUGUUGGACUCUAGCCAGCACACCGUGGCCUUGGGACUCAUGCUCUGCUUGUGCUUGUUGCUGCUGCUUCCUGGGGAAAUGCUGGAAGACAUGGAGUUGGGAAGGGAUUGCGUCAGGCCACUGUGACCAGGGACUGCUCCAAUCCAUGGAUACUCGGACCCAAAGAGAAAUGGUGCUUUUCCAUGGAAGCUUGCGAGCUCUUUCCUCUCUGUGGCCUUCUAGGGGGUAUCUGGAAGGGAACCAACCCCCCGCCCCCCUUGUGUGCACUGAGGAAGGUUGGAGGUGCAUGUACUGCAGCCCAGUGUUUGAUAGGCUGGACUCACUGGGACCCUGUAUCCAAGUCCUUCCACAGUGCACUGUCUUCAUGCCGUGUUUGGGGAGGCCCCCUAAGAAGCAUGAGCCUUGAUCCCAAGCAGUUUCAGUCCUGUUCUCUAGCCCAUUGUACACAGCUUAGAUGGCAGUAUAUCCCCUGUCUUUGAUAUAGGGCAGUCUGGCUGUUGCUUCCCAUCUGCUCUCUGUGCUCCACCUUUUGGUUCCUGAAGGCUUUUCCAAGUCCUCUCCUCCAGGCAAGUUUGCCUAAAACAGAGAAAAACUCUUGUGGAAAAGAGCCUCUUCCUGUCAGGGCCUGGAGGUGGCCUCCUUACUGGACUCAGCAUUAUUGGCUCUCCAUCUCUGUGCUUAAGCAAUAACAGCUCCGCUUCACAUUUUUUUGAAUGGAAGUGCUGGCCUCCUCCCCGAAAGAGCUCUUUCCUUGUUUUAGAGGAAGCACCUUGCGUAGAGACCUGAAGAUUGCAAUGUCGGUGGAUGGAGGAGGGACAGAAUUGGGCGCUGGCUGGAGAAGCUGGACUGCUGAUAAUCACGAGGGCUUUUUAUCAUUUCUACAUGACAUUAGGUUGAGCAGAUUCUUUAGGGACAGACAGUUCCCCUCCCCAGCAUCAACCACUGAGUUUUCUGGCCUCCUUUUAAGAAAUGCUGUAGGAGUGGGAACUUCCUCUCAAGCACUAUGCCUGAGUCUUCUUUAGGCAGUACUGCUGCUUCUUUGCUGUUGGUCUGCAAUGCCCAGUCUUGGAUGAAGGAUGUGGAGCAGCCUGGCCAAGGGAGCCUCAGUGCCAGUUUCAAAACACGGGGCUUGAAACAGCCAAGCGGUCCCAGUGGCGUGAUGCCUGAAGGAGCGGGGAAAUGUAACCACCAUUUCCAUCGUGGCUUGGUGUCUCGACUGGCAGGUUUGGAAGGCCAAUGGGAUAUGAGGCUUAACAGCGACCUGUUUCCUUGAACAAAGGCCCAAGUAGCCAGAGAGCAGCCUACGGUUGUAAAACGACUUGCCACUAUGCUGAUCUGAGGAGGUGCCAGUAGAAACUAUGUAUCCCAGCAUGCUGUUCUUCAGUAACCUGAGGGAGGCUGAACCCCAUGGAUAAAGGGUGCAUGCUGGGAGCUGUAGUCUCCAGCAGCUGCACCACUCUGAGAUUAUGACAGCAGCCAUCUACAGCACGUGACAGCUCCUGGCACACUGAUAGCCUUCACAUGGGCAAAGCUUGGCUGUUCCCCUGCUGGAGAAGGGAGAGAGGGUAACUUCCAGCAGAGGGUGCACAGCCCAUCUUGGGGGGCUUGUCUGUAGAGUAGUACCUCCUUAGGAACUGGACUUGUGUGGGGAACCCAGUUUCUGGAUGUCUUUUUACAAACAAAAAGCAUAUGUAAACUAAACUGAGGUGACAGCUUAAAAGUGUAAAAUAUUGGGGUUGGGGGGGAAC